UGGGCGCGUCUGUCUACGUACACGCAUCUCUGCACACACACGCGCACGCACGCACGCACGCUCCUCCCCUCUGAUGAACCCGGAUGUGUAGGGAUACUCAGCGUUGUGUUGACGACGCCGUGGCACCAGGUGUGUGGAUCUCAGCGUGGUGACUGGUGCUCACAAAGCCGUCAGGAUGAUGCGAGCAGGAGGACUUUUGAAACUGGUAGUGCUGGUUUCUGUGUUAUUUGUAGUUGUGUUCCUGGCAUUUGAGCUAUUAGAGAGCAAUAUGAAUCUGAAUUUGGGGAAAGUACUUGCACGAUAUGCACCCGCAGAGACUGUCCCCACCAGUCCUCCACGCCACAAAUGCGGCCUUUCUAAACCAUGUCCCGAGGACCAUUUUGCUUUUAAGAUCACCAGUGGAGCAGCCAGCGUCGUCGGCCCGAAAAUCUGUUUUCAAGACAAUGUAUUAAUGAGUGGAUUAAAGAACAACGUUGGACGGGGUAUAAACAUUGCUUUGAUCAAUGGCAAGACAAGUGAGCUCACCAAAACUGAUUCCUUUGACAUGUGGUCUGGAGAUGUUGAGCAGCUUAUCAAAUUCUUGAAGGAAAUAGAAGAUGGAAGCAUUGUUAUGAUGGCCACUUUUGAUGAUCCUGGAACAAAGCUAAACGAUGAGGCCAGAAAUCUGAUAGCAGAACUGGGCAGCACAAGCAUCAGCAUACUGGGAUUUAGAGAUAACUGGGUGUUUGUUGGAGGCAAAGGGAUCAAGACAAAGAGCCCCUUUGAGCAGCACAUCAAGAACAACGCAGAGACCAACAAGUAUGAUGGCUGGCCAGAGGUUUUGGAGAUGGAAGGAUGCAUUCCUAUGAAACAUGAAACUUGAACAAUGCAAAGUUGUAUUGUUCAGUUAGCAUUUACAAUGAUGCAGGUGAGAGUAGAGUAUAGACUUUAAAUUUGUUGGUUGACUUCCUGUGUUUUGAAUCUUGCCAUUAGUGCUCCUGAGCAUUUGCUGCUCUAUUUUCUACAUUUAUUUCACAGGGUUCCCACUACUUUUGACCAGUGAGUUUCCAUGACUUUUCUUCCAAUUGUCCAUGAUCACUAAAUGGAUUGCACUCACAAAGGCCGAUAUGUAGCCAGGUCAAUAUUUUACAGUUGAAAAUCACUAUAAAAAUUUAUAUUCACCAUAGAAAUAUCCACAACUUCACGAAUGUUGUGAAUUUUCCAGCCCUGUCUUAAAAUUCCAUGCCUGUGGGAGAUCGGAUUUGUAGGGUUUGAUUUAAUAACUGGUCCAUAAACAGCAAGUUUUUUGCUAUUUGUGAGGUUUCAGUGUCAUAAGGAAAAGAGAGAUAUUAAAUCAGAUGAUUUACUGCAUGUUUUCUUAUGUACUGUUUUUUUUUUUCUUUCUUUCCUCCCAAAAAAUAAAUGGAGAGGGUUUGCGCUCAUAUUUAUCUCUGUGCUAUGACACUAUAAAUGUUGAUCAUACUGGAUGGCUAAGGGUUGCUGUCGCCAAAUUGUAUUUAUUUCUUUGUUUACAGUAAUAUUUAUUUUUCUACUGGCAAAGGUAUUUUGACUGCUGGACUUUAUUCCUGAAGGUAAAUAAUUAAGAACCUUGUUUUAAAUCCUUAUUUAAAAACUGCCCCAUAUCUCUGGUGUGUGAUGGGUCGAGUCGUUGAUUUGUGUUGGUUUUUGACCUACUGUUUACAACUACUGUUUUCUGCUUCAUGCCAUUUAUCCUUCGCUUUUGGGAAUGUUGUUGUUACACAUUGGGAAGUUUAAAAAUGUUCAAAGAUUUUCAUCUGUUAUCGUGUUGAUAGUCUGUCUGGUUUCUGCACAUUCUGAGAUUAUUUAAGCGGUAUGUCUAGCAGCUGUUACAUGCUUUUAGUGUUUAUAGCAAGCAAUAACACUAUCAUACAACAUAACUGCUUUUAUUCCGUAUUGUGCCUUGUGCGGUGUCAAUAAUAUGCACUUUUCUACCAAGUAGUAGUAAAAUGUUCCAUAAUUAUUAAGGACUUAACUAAUGAUCUCUACUUGUUCAUUUUAUAAUUCUAUGCACGAUUUAGCUACAUACUGUGAAGUUGUGGACUGACACCUAUUCCCUUUGUAAGAAAACCAGUUGUGUGCCUUAUUUACCACAAAUAUCAAAUGAUUUUUAGACUUUUUUUUUUUUUUUAGUUUUAUGUGAAAUCAAUGAUGUUGCGUGUCAUGGCUUUAACGUGUAAAGCUGUUUUAAGGAUUUCUUUGAGUCUAAAUUAAAAUCCAGUAAAUUGUGUGAUUGCUGAGUCUUUCGUAAUGGCUGUAAAUCUUUUGUUUUGUAAAAAGAAAAAAAGUUUAAUAUUAAAAUGAAGCUGAGCAAAUGGUUGUUGCUUUCA